AUGGAGCCAAGCCAGAGCAAGCACCAGUAUUGGGAUUUGGAUGCUGAAGGACCUCGUCGGCAUGGUUGGCGUCAUUCGUAUCGUGAAGAGGAUUCCAUUGAGGACAGAGCUUUGAGACUGAACAGGAAGAAAGAUGUCCUAUGCCUUAUUUUGUCAUAUCCUCCUUUCAGCUCGGCAAUCAAAAAGAGUCACGAAGGUUGGAUUCUUGAUGUUUUGGCGAUUAAUCAGAAACUAAGAGAAGCAGUUUACAGGAAGAAAGAAAUCGAUGUUUCAGAGCUCUCUCCUAGAAUCAGUCUACUGCUUGAUCAUUCAUUCCACGAUAUUGAAGCUUAUGUUCCACGAGACAUCAUUGAGGAGAUGCAAAGGGGAACUAUAUGGGGUAGAACACCUACUACAAAAGUGUACAGUUUGGCUAUUGAUUUUGCUUUUUGCCAAAUUUUACAAGAUAUAGAAAUUCCCAAAUUUCAGAGGAUUUUGAUCUGUGGCAGAGAUGAUGCAGGCCUCCUCACGUCAAGAUUGAAGAAUCUACAGCAAGAAAAGGGAAUGUUUGAUCUUGUCAUUCACGUUAAGGCCUCUUCUUGUAAAAGUGCUAGAGAUAUUGAAGAUGACAUUGCAAGAGAACUGGGUCUCUCAACAUCCAGCAGACAGGAAGUGGAUGGAUUGCUGAAAAGCAAAAGCUUUUUGAUCCUUCUUGACGAUGUUGAUCUUGCUUCAUCGACAAAUCUCAACGACGUGGGGACCAAUUGGUGGAACUCGAAAAAGUUUCAAAAGAUGGUUUGUACAACUGGCUCUAUGGGAAGGAGAGCUGAUCACACAGAAGCCGAUCUGGAGAUUAGGUUGGAGGAUCAUCUGUUCACAUGGGAGUUAUUUUGUAUGGAAGUUGGCGAUGUUGUUCAUUUUUCAGGCAUCCAACACUUUGCAAUACGCAUGGUCAAAGAGUGCAAGGGUCAUUUACUUGUCAUUGUUUUAAUGGCAAGAGCCUUGAGAGAUAUUGAUGAGGUUCACACAUGGGAAUGUGCAUCUCUUGCAUUGACCUUACAACCCACUCAGUUGAGAGACGAUGAUGUCUUAUUUAAUGCCUUAGCAUUCGUCUGUGGACGUUUAGGGUCUGCAAUGAACUGUUUGAAGUGCUUAGUAGAAAUGGGAUGCUGGGGAGAGUUAGAGGAAGGAGAUUUGAUUGGCAGGUGGAUCACAGACGGCUUAAUUAGAAAAGUGGAUGAAGGAAAAGAGAUGGUUCGGCAUCUUGUUGACGCCUUCUUGUUCAAGAGGUCUUGGAAGGGAGAUUCUUCUUUUGUCAAAAUGCACAGUAAAAUCCAUGAGGUCUUGCUAAAUAUGUUAGGACUUAAAAGAGAGUCGCUAUUUCUUUGGCUAGGGGGAAAGGGAUUAACUGAGCCACCAAGAGAUGAGGCAUGGGAAAAAGCCAAUGAGGUGCAUUUGAUGAACAAUAAACUGUCUGAGCUACCGAAGAGUCCACAUUGCCCUGAACUCAGGGCACUGUUCUUACAAGCCAAUCAUGGUCUGAGAGUUAUUCCUCCAAAAUUCUUUGAAGGCAUGCCUGCCCUACAAUUCUUAGACUUGUCCAACACCGCAAUUAGAUCUUUACCAUCUCUUUUUGAAUUGGUCCAACUCAGAAUCUUCAUUCUAAGAGGAUGUCAACUUCUCAUGGAGUUACCACCCGAAGUUGGUAAUCUCAGAAAUCUUGAGGUGCUUGAUCUUGAAGGGACUGAAAUUAUAAGCCUACCUAUGACUAUCAAAUGGCUGACCAACCUCAAGUGUCUGAGAGUGUCCUUUUAUGGGUACAGUAACCAAACUGGACAAUCGUCGGAUACAAUGAUUCCCCACAACAUGUUAUCAGGACUCACUCAAUUGGAAGAGUUAGGCAUACAUGUGAAUCCAGAUGAUGAGCGAUGGGAUGUGACCAUGAAAGAUAUUGUUAAGGAAGUCUGCAGCUUCAAACACUUGGAGACUCUUAAACUUUACUUGCCAGAGGUUAUACUUGUGAAUGAGUUCAUGGGGAGUGGAACAUCAUCAAGAAACCUAUCAUUGAUGAACUUCAGGUUUAUUAUUGGCAGCCAUCGCAAGCGCUUUGUAUCCCGACUACCACAAGAAAUUGUGGUCAAAUUUGAACAGCAAAAAAGAUGCUUGAAGUAUGUCAAUGGUGAAGGUAUCCCAAUGGAAAUUAAGAAGAUACUCGAACAUGCUACCGCUCUGCUUUUGGAACGCCAUUUAACUCUUACUAAACUGUCUGAAUUUGGGAUUGAAAAUACAAUGAAGCUAGAAUUUUGUGUAUUGGGGGAAUGUAGCAAGAUUCAAACCCUUGUGGAUGGAGCAGAAAAUUAUAGACAAGGAGAUGAUUAUGGAUAUGUUCAUCAAAAAAUCAUACUUGGAUCACUUCGAUACUUGAGGCUUCACUAUAUGAAGAAUUUAGGCAGUAUAUGGAAGGGGCCAAUCUGGGAGGGUUGCCUAUCCAGACUCGAGUCUCUAGAAUUGUAUGCAUGCCCCCAAUUGAAGACCACUUUUACUUUGGCUUUGCUUGAAAAUCUCAACCGUUUAAAGGAGCUUGCGGUUGAAAACUGCCCCAAAAUAAACAGCUUGGUGACUCAUGAAGUCCCUGCAGAAGAUAUGCUGCUCAAAACAUACCUUCCAAAGUUGAAGAAGAUAUCACUUCAUUACUUGCCUAAAUUAGCCAGCAUUUCCAGUGGUUUACACAUUGCACCACACUUGGAAUGGAUGAGCUUCUAUAAUUGCCCAAGCAUUGAGGCUCUUUCUAUCAUGGAAGUUUCUAGUAAUAAUUUGAAGGUGAUUAUUGGAGAGGUUGACUGGUGGAGGGCAUUGAAGUGGCGUAAACCAGUUCUAAGACGUAAGCUGGAUUCUAUAUUUGUCCCCAUUAAAUCAGAUGCUGAUUUGAUGACUCAGUUAGCGGAAAUUGGGAAUCAACUUCUAGCUCCCAAGCAAGAGACAAAUCUGUCUCAACAGUCAGGUUCUGAUGACUCCUUGAAGCCCCCUGUAGUAGAUGCCUUGAAGGCCCUUGCAGUGGAGGCCUUGAAGGCCCUUGCAAUGGAGGCAGGAACCACCUCAGUGGAUAAGCAGCGUCAUGAGCCUUCUCCAUUGCCACUGUUGUCUCCUUCAACAAAGAACUCCUUGAAGGCCAUUGUAGUAGAAGCAGGAACCACCUCAGAGCAGACGCAGCUUUCUGAGCCUACGCCACAGCCCCUUUUGUCCUUGUCCACAGAGCAAGACACUGUAGAGAUGGCUGAUGCAGCAGAAGUUGACUUACGUAGAGUCGGAAGAAGCUUAUUUCCUUCUGCCAGUUCCAUAAUUGGAUUUCCCAAAGACCUGAAAAGAAACUAUAAAAUGUUGACAGAAGGAGCAGAAAAGCUCAAGGCACUGAAGUAUGAUAUAUUGGAAAGAAGCGGACAUAAGAAAAGCCCGGCCUUGAGAGAAUGGAUGGAUAGGGCUGAGAUGAUCAGCGAAGAAGUGAACCAACUAGAAACUAAAUACAAUGAUGAAAUGGAGCAUCCAUGGAGGCUGGUUCGUUUUUGGGAACACUCAUAUCUUAGCAAAGUCAUGGCGAAGAAGCAUAAUCAAGUUCAAAGUCUUUUGGAAGGACAUGAUAAAAGAAGAGUAUGGAUGAGCAAAGUUGUAGAAGAUGUAGUGAGUUUUCUAGAGGAUGAGCAAAUAAGAAGAAUAGGAAUCUGGGGAACAGUGGGAACUGGGAAAACCACAAUAAUGCAGAACUUGAACAAUCAUCAAGAUAUUGCUAAAAUGUUUGAUAUUGUCAUCUGGGUAACCGUCUCAAAGGAGUCGAGCACAAAAAAGUUGCAAGAUGCAAUCUUGCAGAGGCUAAAAAUGAAUAUGGAGGGCACUGUUAGCAUUAAGGAAAAUUCUCACAGAAUUUCUGAAGAGCUAAAGGGAAGGAAGUGUCUGAUUCUUCUGGAUGAAGUUUAUGACUUUAUUGAUCUACAUGUGGUCAUGGGAAUCAACGACAAUCAGGAGAGCAAGGUGGUGUUGGCGAGUACGAUUGGUGACAUUUGCAAUGACAUGGAAGCUGAUGAGCUAAUCAAUGUGAAACCAUUGUCAGAUCAUGAAGCUUUCAACAUGUUCAAGGAAAAGUUGGGUCGGUCUAUUUACUCCCCACAAAUUGAACGAGUAGCUGAACAGGUGGUUAGAGAGUGUGGUGGUUUACCCUUGCUGAUAAACAUUGUGGCCAUGAUCUUCAGAACUAAAGGGGAAGAUAUUUCCCUUUGGAUAGAUGGAUUGAAACAUCUACAAAGAUGGGAGGAUAUUGAAGGCAUGGAUCAUGUGAUUGAAUUCCUGAAGUUUUGUUAUGAUUAUUUAGGUAGUGACACAAAGAAGGCUUGUUAUCUGUAUUGUGCGCUAUUUCCUGGAGAAUAUGAUAUUAAUGUAGAUUAUCUACUAGAGUGUUGGAAAGCUGAAGGCUUUAUUCCUGGUACAGUGGCUUUUAGAGAUGCACGUCACCAAGGACAUGUCAUAUUGGAUGAUCUUAUCAACCUAUCAUUGCUAGAGAGAAGUGGCAAGGGGAAAUGUGUUAAGAUGAACAGAAUUCUUCGAAAAAUGGCUCUUAAAAUCUCUUUGCAAAGCGAUGGCUCGAAGUUUUUGGCAAAACCGUGUGAGGGAUUACAAGAUUUCCCAGACAGUAAAGAGUGGGAAGAUGCAAGUCGAAUCUCUUUGAUGAAUAACCAGCUCUGCACUUUACCAAAAUCUCUAAGAUGCCACAAUCUCUCAACAUUAUUGCUCCAGAGGAAUAAUGGCUUGAGUGCUAUUCCUUUCCCCUUCUUUAAUUCUAUGCAUUUACUUCGAGUUCUGGAUCUGCAUGGGACUGGUAUCAUGUUAUUACCUUCAUCUAUAUCCAAGUUGAUUCAUCUUAGAGGGCUCUAUUUAAAUUCUUGCCCCCACUUGAUAGGACUCUUGCCUGAAAUAAGAGCACUUACGAAGCUUGAGUUGCUUGAUAUUCGACGAACGAAAAUUCCGUUUCGUCACAUUGGAAGUUUAAUAUGGUUGAAGUGUUUGCGAAUAUCAUUGUCUAGUUUUUCCAUGGGAAUCAAAUUGGGGAGCAUCUCAGCUUUUGUUUCAUUGGAAGAAUUUUGUGUUGAUGAUGAUGUGUCUGUUGAAAAGCAUUAUAAGUAUUUAAAGGAUGUUACCAAGGAGGUGAUUACCUUGAAAAAAUUAACUUCCGUUCAAUUUUGCUUCCCUACGGUUGACUCCCUUGACUUGUUCGUCCAUAGAAGCCGAGAAUGGAAGAAGAUCUCACACUUCUCGUUUCAAUUUUCUGUUGGUCACCAGGACUCGACCUCCUCUCACUUUCUGAAGUCUUCUGAUUAUCGAAGCCUCAAUUGCUUGAAAUUAGUCAAUGGUGGAGGCAGGCAUCCUGUAAUCACAAAGGUACUUAUGGUGACAGAUGCAUUCGGAUUAAUUAACCACAAGGGAGUUUCAACACUAUCAGAUUUUGGCAUUCACAACAUGAAAAACAUGUUAGUUUGUUCAGUUGAAGGGUGCAAUGAAAUUAGAACCAUCAUAUGUGGUAAUGGAGUGGCAAAUAGCGUGCUAGAAAACUUGGAUAUUUUAUAUAUCAAGAACGUCCCAAAAUUGAGAAGCAUUUGGCAGGGGCCUGUUCCUGAGGGAAGUCUAGCUCAGCUAACCACUCUAACAUUAACUAAAUGCCCAGAGUUGAAGAAGAUAUUUUCCAACGGCAUGAUUCAACAGCUUUCUAAACUACAGCACUUGAAAGUGGAAGAAUGUCAUCAAAUUGAAGAAAUAAUAAUGGACUCUGAGAACCAGGUAUUAGAAGUUGAUGCACUUCCAAGAUUGAAGACUCUAGUACUCAUUGAUCUUCCAGAACUGAGAAGCAUUUGGGUUGAUGAUUCAUUGGAGUGGCCUUCCUUACAAAGGAUUCAGAUAUCUAUGUGUUACAUGUUGACGAGAUUGCCUUUCAACAAUGCCAAUGCAAUCAGAUUGAGACACAUCCAAGGACAACAGUCGUGGUGGGAAGCGCUAGUAUGGGAAGGUGAUCCCAUAAAACAAAGAUUACAGUCUCUAUGCAUCCUCAACUAGCUCCUCAGAUUUCUGUGCAGCAGUUUCAUUUUAAAGCUGAUUGAGAUGGUUGCUGCCUCAGCCAAAGGUUUGUGUGUGGGAUUCAAAAACUUUAGCAUGUAUUUGUUUAAGAUAUGCUACCUUGACUUAUAUUUUAUCUUAGACUUGCCAGCUUGGUUUGUAUCUGUUUGAGAUUUGCUUUCUUUGUUUGUAUCUGUUUGAGAUUUGCUUUCUUUGUUUGUAUGUUUGAGAUUUGCUAUUGUUUGAGAUGUGCUACUUGUAUGGUUUUUUUUAAAUAUUUGCUACAUUGGAUUGACUUUGUUUAAGGUUUGUUUGUUCUGAUUAUAUUUGGGUAAAGAGUUGAUGUAUUUCCAAGCACACCGUGAAAUAAUUAAACAGACAACAAUCAAUAAGACAAU